GUCGUUGGUCACGAUUCAAGGGAAAAUUCAGUCAUCGAUUCCGGAAAAUUCACUCGUAUAGUAUCUAUAGUCCCCUGAUUUCAUCGUAGAAUGUUUUUAUUGGAAAAUUUUAAAACUUUUUCGAAAAUAUUUUAUUGGACCGGAUUGGCUCCGUCUCCUACAAUUAGCAGAAAGCAGCAGAACUAUAUUUUCCUGCUUUCCGUAAUCGUUUCGUUGCUUAUAAACAUAGGAUUUCUUGUAAUUUCAGUUCAUUUUCCUUCGUAUAAGCUGUACGGUAACAUUGAGAAAAUAGUAAGCUAUACAUUCGUUGUAAGCUUAAUCCUUUCCAAUUUGAGUGCAAACGCACAAUGUUACUACUUCAAGUGGGUGUACGGAAGCAUUAAUGACCGGAUUUCAAAAAUGGAAACUAUUUUCCAAACAAAAUUUUCACAAAAUAUCCGUUCCCAAACAUUUGCCAGGCGGUAUAAAACUAAAGUUUUAGUUAUCACCAUCAUCCUAUCCAUCGUUUUUACGCUAAAAUUCGGCGAGUCAUGGAUAGAAAACGAUUACAAAUCAUUCGUCAGAUAUUGUUUUGCCUUCCUUGCUGAAUGCUUGUCAUCUCUAGUUUUUUGUCAUGUUCUUCUCUAUAUUUCCAUUGUUCAAUUAUUUAUCACCGAACUGAAUGGACGGAUCGGUAGUACUCCGAUUGGUUUGAACUCAUCAAGUAAAAUGGAAUUGUUAAAAACGAUAAAAUUAUUGCACAUGGAGAUAUGGAAAUUGAUGGCACAGAUCAACACAUUCUUUUCGUUUAACCUAACAUUUUACAUGAUUUCUUUGGCUGUUCAAACAACUUAUUACUUGUACUGGCUGUUUCUUAUAAUGCAAGUGGAAUGGAACACAUUGUAUAUUACGCAGUCAUUAGUGAUAAUAAUAUAUUGCCUGGUCAGAAUUUCCCUAUUGGUCAACGGUUGUCAAUCUCUUUUGACCGAGACAACCAAUUUAAUGGAACAUACGGAGAGGCAUGCCUUUCGGACAACCAAUAAUCUUCAUCUGUAUUUACUGAAAAUGGAAAUUCAACAACAAUUUCACAAUUUUCCAAUCAUUGUCACAGCUGAUGGAUACUUCAACAUUAAUCGCUCGUUUCUGGCAGGCGUGGCUUCAAAUUGCUGUACAUAUAUUGUCAUUUUUAUUCAAUUCUUUUUAGAGGAUGACGCAUCAAAAGCAAGCUAAAUUAAUCUGAUCAAUUG